GGGCGUUUGGUUCGAUUGGAUGCGUUUCGAAAUAUCAUGUCGUAUUAAAUUAUUGUCAGAUACUUAUAUCACUGUAAAGGUAUCCAUCUACUUGUUAUUGUUACUGUUGGAAUGUCCUCUCAAACAGAUAGUGUAACUCCUUAUGAUCUCGAUAAAGUUUCCUCGAAUCCAACUAAGAACAACAAUAAAAUACUAACUAAUAAUAGUCCUAUACGAAAUACAAUAAAACAAAUGAAGUUUAACAUUUCAAAUUAUUUAUUCAUUCACCGAAAUAAAUCAAAUCAUAUUAGAUUAAAUGAUAAUAUGCAUAUAAAUGAUACUACUAAUAAAUCAUCAUCUAAAUUAUCUAAUCAAAAUGAUUCGGAAUUUCUUAAUACCGGAUUUACUUUAAUUGGUUAUACAUUUCUACUUCAAAUUAUUUUACAUAUCAUGACAUUUUUAUUAAAUAGUCUUUCUUAUCGUUAUUUAGAUACAGCUAGUUUAGGCUUAGUCAAUGUUCGACUUGGUUUAUUUUAUUCAACAUUGAUAUUUACUUCAAGAGAAGCAUUUCGUCGUGCAUGUCUUAGUCGUGGUGGUCAAGUAGUCAAUAGUAACGAUAUUAAUAAUAAUAAUAAUAAUAAUAAUAAUAAUAAUAAUAAUAGAAAAUCAACUGAAUCAUUAUCAAAUGCAAAUGUUACUACAAUAAUUGAUUCUACAAAUGAAGAUUUUGUGGAUGUUUCUCAGUUUAUUAAAUGUUGUAAGCAUAAAAUUAAUCAAGAUGGUCAUACUUCAAUUCAGUAUAGUUUACAAUAUAAAGAACAAUUGUAUGGAAUUUUAAAUCUUGCUUGGCUAGUACUUCCUAUUGGUUUCAUCAUUGUAAUACUAUUGAGUUUUGUGUGGAUUUACAUCUUACCAUCUCCAAGUAAUCUAAUUAAUGAAUCAAAUUCUGAAUUAAAUUUAACAUCGUCAAUUAUUGAACAACGUUACAUCCUCUGUAUCAUGAUAUACGCUUUAUCUGGUCUUUUUGAAUUAGCUACUGAACCAUUAUGGCUUAUUUGUCAAUUAUCUCAUGAAGUUCGUGCAAGAAUUUUCAUUGAAGCUUUUGCUAAUACUGCUCGUUCAAUUGGAAUACUAUUUGCAAUAUUUACUGUACCAUCCCAGUAUGCCAUUUAUUCACUUAGUAUACCUCAACUUCUUCAUGGUUCAACAUUGUUCAUAAGUUACUUAUUGUAUUUUCAAUAUGGUAUACCACGUUCAACAUCAAAUAACGAAUUGAAACUUAAAGGAAUCAUAGGAAUCGCUUCGUUAAAAGAUAUUUUACCAAGUUAUUUUCGGUAUUCUAUCGAUCGACAGGGCCUACAACUUGUAAAGAACUUUUUUGGUCAGUGUAUACUGAAACAACUUUUAACAGAAGGUGAAAGAUAUCUAAUCAGUGCGUUCCAUUUGAUAAGUUUCACUGAUCAGGGUAUAUAUGAUCUCGUCAAUAAUUUGGGCUCUUUAGCGGCUCGUCUACUUUUCUUACCAUUGGAAGAAAGUUGUCAUUUUAUGUUUAGUCAAUGUAUUCAAAGAGAAGUCUCUCCAAAUAAACAAGACAAAAAAUUACUUAUGGAUGCAUUUCGUAUGCUUAAAACAGCUUUACGUAUUUCAAGUCUUAUAGCUUGGAUUGGUAUGACUUUUGCUCAAGCUAAUUCUCGUUUAUUAUUAAUGAUUUACGCUGGGCAUAGAUUAGCUGAUAAUUAUGUAGCGGUCAAUUUAUUACAAUUAUAUUCUGCUUAUGUUUUGUUACUUGCAUGGAAUGGUUCGACUGAAGCACUGUUGAAUUCCGCAAUGUCAACAGAUGAAGUUUUACGUCACAAUCAACGUUUAAUAAUAUUUUCUAUAAUAUUUCUCAGCGCAAAUUGGUUUCUUGUCCCAAUAUUCAAUGUAUACGGGUUUGUACUGGCCAAUUGUAUUAAUAUGAUUACUCGUAUUUUAUAUAGUGUUUAUUAUAUUAACAAAUUUUUGGCAAAAAUUGAUGAACCAACGAAUAUUGAAAAACAAAACAACUUGGAUGAUGAUAAUGAUAGCAGCUGCAGUAGUAGUGAUAAAUCAUCGACUUUCGUUGUGUUAUCAAAUUGUGAAAUGGAAAAAUUCUCAAAUAUUUCAUUAUUAUCAUUAAUGUUUCCAUCAUAUAGUGAAAUGUGCAUUCUGUCCAUUUCAAUUGUAUGUACUUUAAUUUCACAAUACUUUUUCUGUUGUUCGUUUGGCAUUCUAUGGAUGAUAUUACAUGGUACAAUUACAUUUGGAUUCUUAUUCAUUACAUUAAUAAUAAUUUAUUAUGAAGAAGUUGAUAUUUUACAACUUAUUGAAAAUCGUUUACCAUCUUUAUUACAAUAUAAAAAAUCACAAUAAAUUCCAGUUAUUAAUUAUACUCUUUCAUUUGUAAUGUUCUUUAUUUCAAUUAAAUGCUUCUAUAGUCUUUCACAGUUUCUAUUUCUUUAUUGAGUUCAUUCAAUAUCUUGUUGAAUAAUUAAUAAGAAAAUUACUUAUGGUGUUGUAAUAAUUAUUUUAAAAUGUGUUUAAAUUAUACUUUUCUUUGAUGGAAUUUUGUUUUCUUUAGCUGGAUGGUUUCGUCUAGGAGCAUUCAUUGUUAUUCUGAACGAUAUCAUUAUCUAUCUGAAGUAUGUGCUGAUGAUGUUGUUCAAAAGAACGAUUAAAGUUCCACGAUUAAAACAUCCACCUCGAAAAAUAAAACUUCAUCAAAAUCAUCCAUCUGAGCUACAAAUCUCCACUAUUUUUUGUGCUUGAACUGUGUAUAAAUAUAAUUUAAUGAAAUUUCAUAUCAUUCCAUAAAAACUUUUAUUUUUCUUGUGAAACUAUGCAUGGAUCGAUAAUGACGCAUAAACCUCCCUUAAAUUGAUUAACAUUCAUAACUCUCAUAAGCUUUAAAGUUGAAUUGUUAUGCUCAACUUUAGCGACUGUUAAACUGGCCUUGAAAACGUUUAACUAAUCAGGAUUGAGCAAAUGUGGAUUAAUGAAACACUGUACGAAACACAAUUAUUUACGAGGGUAUCAUUGAGUGCGAGUGUGCUAUAAUGACGGCCUUAAGAGAUGUUAGAUAAUCUUGAGCCUGAUCAGAUAGCCAAUCAGGAUGCAG